AAUGAAUGAAGUGCUUUGGUGGUAUAUGAGGGAGAGAAACUGUAUACUCGUUCAUUGGAGUCCUAUAUAGAGCCCCAGGGUUCUUGAAUCAGUUUUAAAGACACUGAUUUAAGCCAAAGAGGUUCUAUUUGUCUCAAACGAUUGCAUAAUUCAUGUUUAAUGGGUUGUAGGUUGUUAUUAUUAUUGUAGGUUUCAUAAAAUUGACAGAACCUAUAAAACCUUUUUUUUGUAGGAGUGUCUUGGUCUCCAACCCCAAAGCCCAUUUUUAGACCAUCUGAUUUAUGCACACAAAAUGGCUAGAGCUUUCUGAAAAUGCUAAAGGCCAAUCUGACUUUGCACUAUUUCCAAGAUUCAGAUGCAGAGGUUUAUUAUCAGUCCGCCAGAAAACAAAGUCAACUUCCCAGGCUUCUUCAAUGAGAGCUUCUGAGGAAGAUCUACUCCUGUGUAAUCGUUCAUCAUCGUUGUAUCAUUUGGAAACCAAAGCCAAGAGGAAAGUGCUGCACUUGAGCUGUAAGAUUGUGCAGAGCAACCUACAUUCAGCAGCUUAAAGACACCGAGAGACAGGGAGGCUGGAAAGGAUGGGACACAGCGAAGAGUGACAGGAAUGGAGGAAGAGAAGAAAAGAGUGCAUAACAGGAAAAAGGGUUCAAUAUUUCUACUUUGCCAGAAACCUCCGGCUUCCCCAACCAUUUGAACCAUCGGGAUUGGUCUGUUAUUUUGAGUCAAUUCCCUGUGGAAGAUCUAGGAGGAGCUGUUUGUUGGGCUGGAGGAACUGCCCUGUGGCAGCUCUUUGAGAGGUUAAGCUGGAGAUUGUCAUUGCCCAAGGUGAACUGGCUUUCAGUGGUAAACCGGGUGGAAACUAGAAAGCCGAGUUCAGGAUGAGCUCUGGGGCUUGGGUUUAUGUUGUGGUUGAGCUGGUAAACCCAUGAGGUGAGCAGAUCCUAACCCCGCACAUGCACGAGAGAGACGCUUGUUUAUCUACCGAUUCAUUUGUGAGCCUUAAGAGAGCGUUAUUUGAGAACUUCGCUGGAUUGGGAUCUGAAGCAGUCUUGUAAAAUCCUUUUAACAAACAAAAAACAGUUCCUGUAUAACGUCAUCCUACAGGAAGUGACAUCAUUUUGGAGGGAAAUCAACCACAGCGCAAAUAUCGGUCAGCAAAACGCAUGGUCCGGAAAUGGUAGAGCCGAGGUUGCGGAGUCAAGCUAGUUUGGACAGACUGCACAUCAACCUGGGAUAGAAGAGUGUUAAAAAGCAAACAAUUUCACAUUUGAGCUUUAAAGGAAGCAGAACUGAAAGAGAGGACAGUGACAGCAUACACCUGAUUCACCUGCUCUGUCACAUGGCCUGUCAUCCCUCGCUCCGUGUUAAAAGCGCUCUGAGAGGCAGCUAAUGCCGUUCAACAACAAGCCUGAGCUUUGAAGAGCUGCGCCAGACACACACUCGCGGCCCGGGUUACAUCCUCGCUGCCACGGAGAUUCAGCACUCUUUCGGGAGGUGUGUAAUAGCGCCCCCUACCACACAACAAUGAAAACACGGCAAGCCGGAAAAGUCCGUCGAUGGCGGGGAAGGAGUUAAUUGAGACCAAUGCGAGGUCAGGGUCCCUCUCCUCUCGACAUUUACCCAUCUGCACCGCAGCACACACUCUCACACUCAGCUCCUGUGGAUUACCUAGGCCGCAGGACAGAGCCGUUACUAUGGAAACCUCAUAGCAGGCCGCAUGAGUUAACCGUACACCUUGUAAAGUCUCUCCUGUUGGUGUGUGUGUGUAAAGCACACAGCGCUGGGUGAACUGCACACCGACCUGCCACUCAGAUACGUCACGACGGAUCAAACAGCUACCGUUUGAUGCAACUCGGAUGCUUGGAAUCUGUGGCCAACUCGUCUGUCGCUUACUCUUCAUCGUCUCCGCUUACAUACCCAGCUACCGGAACCGAAUUUGCCUCCCCGUAUUUUCCCACGAACCACCAGUACACGCCCUUACACCACCAGUCCUUCCACUACGAGUUCCAGCACAGCCACCCGGCCGUGAACCCGGACGCGUACUCGUUAAACUCUCUCCAUCACUCACAGCAGUAUUACCAGCAGCUGCAUCACGGCGAACCGGCGGACUUCAUCAACCUUCACAACGCCCGCGCGCUCAAGUCCUCGUGCCUGGACGAACAGCGGCGGGAACUGGGCUGUCUGGACGCGUACCGCAGGCAUGACCUGUCAAUCAUGAGCCACGGCUCUCAGUACGGCAUGCACCCCGAGCAAAGACUGCUGCCCGGGGCGGGUCUAGGGCUGCCUCCACCGGGGGCCGAUGACCUACAGGGAUCUGUUGAUGGUCAGUGUGGACUCGUGUUAAAUGGCCAAGGAGGAGUGAUCCGGAGAGGUGGCACGUGUGUAGUGAACCCUACAGACCUGUUCUGCUCUGUACCAGGAAGACUUUCUCUUCUCAGCUCUACCUCAAAGUACAAGGUCACCAUCGCUGAAGUCAAACGCCGCCUGUCUCCUCCGGAGUGUCUCAAUGCCUCGCUACUCGGUGGCAUUUUAAGAAGGGCCAAGUCAAAGAACGGUGGUCGCUGCCUCAGGGAGAAACUGGACAGGUUGGGACUCAAUCUCCCAGCAGGCCGCAGGAAAGCAGCCAACGUCACGCUGUUGACCUCUUUAGUGGAAGGGGAAGCACUACAUCUGGCUCGGGACUUUGGUUACACCUGUGAGACAGAGUUUCCCACCAAAGCGGUCGGGGAGCAUCUGGCCCGCCAGCACACGGAACCAAAGGAACAGAACGCGCGCAAGAAAAUGGUGCUGGCCACCAAGCAGAUCUGUAAGGAAUUUCAGGAUUUGUUAAGUCAAGAUCGAUCUCCACUCGGUUCCUCUAGACCAACACCUAUUCUGGACUUGGACAUUCAGAGACAUCUAACACACUUCAGUCUAAUCACGCAUGGAUUCGGUACGCCGGCGAUUUGCGCGGCUCUUAGCACCUUUCAAACGAUCCUCAGCGAAAUGCUUAAUUACCUGGAGAAACACUCAGCCAAUAAGAGCGCAGGAACGCCAGACACCAGCCAGAUCAAUUCCAACUCGGACAAAACACUGCGCAAAACCAGCGAGGCACAGACGAAGGACGGUAAAAUCGAGAAAACCGAAUGACUCUGACGCAAGAGUGGCCGCUUUCCCGAUUCCUGAUCUGAGCCCUGAUGGGCGGGCCUUGUUCAGGGCGUGGCUACUUGGGGCGGGGUUAUAGGGAUUUUAUUCCAUAUUCUUUUAUUUAUAAGCAUAACUGGCAUAACUUCCUACGACCUCAGCUUUCCCUGUAUGUACAAACCAGUCAUUUCAUUCUCACAUUACGCAAAAAAAACACUAACCAUUUUCAUUAUUUUAUAAGUUAUUGAAUAAGUUAUUUUCCCUAAAGUUUGUCUGUAUAUAAUUAGUUUAAAUAAUGAUUUUAAAGAUGCAAUAUCUUUUAUUAAAAGACUCACAUUCCAUUUCUGCCAAGGUCGGUUUGAGACUGUAAAUUAUGACAGGCAACGUUCCCUGUUGCGUUAGUUACUGUAUAUUGUGCAUGUUAAACUUUGUACACCAUCUGAAACGGACGUUCCCCACUGUUGUUCCAGAACACAAACUCUUGACUGCAUUUGUAAAAAAAGUUAUAUAUAAAUAUAUAAAUUCAAUCUUUUCUUGUAGGCUUUGAACUACAUAUAUGAAAUAACCAUACAUGCAAACUACUGGUGUUCAAUAAAGCAUAUUGCUCAAAGUCUUAUAUUAACUCACAUGA